CAAAAAGAAAUCCCCCCCCUCCCUCAAAAAUAAAAAAAAAGAUAACCUCUACACUCUUGCCUUGAGAGAGAAGGAAAGUGGAAGCUGUUAAGCUCUUCGUUAACCGGGCUGUGAACUUGGAUCAAGUUGAGACAUGGAAGAUGUCAUAACUGAGAUUCCCCCACCUUCAAGGUUCUUUCAGGAAGAUCUGAAUAACUUUACUCCUCCAUCACCACCUCUUCCAUCUCCCUUCCUCGUUUUUUCUAAUCCUAAACCUGAUGAACCUCUUUGUCCCUCUCUCCUCAUCGUCGCCAUAUCUUCCCCAUCUCUUUAUGUUUUCCACCAUCUAUCCACUAAAUCUCUAAUUGGAAGUCUCGUCCUACCUGAGAUCUCUUUCGCUGGAAACUCUAGUGAAUCCUCUCUUGGAGAUAAAUCCUGCAACAUCUACACCCUCAAUGUUGGUGAUGAUUCAAUUAUCCUCAUCUCUGUUCCGUGCUCCAUUGCAGCGGAGAGAUCUCACAUUGUUGCAAAGUUGCUGAUUGCUGAUAAAAUUAUUCCUCAGAGGGUUCUGAUAUUGGAUUCAGUUCAGAGUCUAAAUUUUCGUGGUAAGCUGUCACCGGAUGAGGCAUUUGCUUUCAAGCUGGAGACGUCAUCAGAAAGAAAUGGGUUGGGUGAGGGUAAUGGAGGUUCAUCAUUGUUGAAGGGUAUAGACUACUUUCCAUCAGGAAGUGUUAUAGAUGGGUUGGCAGCUGCUUUGCUAGGUCGAUGCCAGACAAAGAAUAUCAAGGGAACUUUGUGUGUUUCUUGGCCUCAAUUUGGUGGGGCUGUGAUGUCCCUGGUUAAAUCUAUACUACACAGGAGUGUUUUGCCGUGCUUGGACUUGAAAAUGAGUGGUGAUGGUAAGGAUGAAUGUUUAAGAUUCAACCGGACCAAGGGUCAUCCUUUAGAUUCUGAGUUGUAUACCUGAUGAACUAGGUUUCAGAGGCUUUUUUGUUCUCUUUUUUAUUUGCUCUCUAUGGUUUUCUUCCUUCUUCUUUCUUUUAUCAGUUUUCAUCAAAUAUUAUUCCUCUUUUAUGCUGUUAUUAAGAUUGUGAAGAUUGAUCAAAGACCAUGAUGUUUUUGGCCUUUAUGACCCCAAGCUGUAACAUUCACGCAAUUUUUCUGGAAUGUUUGGCAUGUCUUGCAUUUAUGACUACUUUAUUUAUUUAUUUAUUUAUGAAUACGUGUUGCUGGUGGC